UUGCUUCCAGCGUGGAACGCACGCCUUGGACGCGCUGACGUCACGGCAGCUGUUGUUGUUGUCGUACGCAGCUGGGCAGAGGCCCGUCGUGUGGACCAGCAGCUGGAUCCAUGUCGGAGCCGGCCGGAGCCGCCCCCUGGGGCCCCGCAACCCUCCUUCUCGGCUGAGUACGAGCUCCGCCAGCGGGAUGAAGACAUUGUUUCAAGAGAUCAAGGCAUCCAUCAAAAACAACUCUGACCACGACCGCUCGUUCUGGAGGCCGGUGCUCCCUUGGGGUGGCGUUUUCACCAUUAAAGCUGGCCGCAAAGCGGUAUCGUGUAUGCCUCUUUACGUUGAGAUUACGCUGAAGAACACGUGUACCAUUGAUGGGUUUUUAAUGCUGCUCUACGUCAUCCUACGAGAGAAUAACACGUUCCCCCGGGAACUGUCCCACUACCUGGGCCGGGAGUUCAUUGAUUACUUUCUGCAUCUCAUGGACACUUACAGUUUCACCUCGGUAAAGUUGCUGUGGAUAUGGGACAAGAUGGAGAAGCGUCAGUACAAAUCCGGCAUACACAAAACCUCUCUGGAGAUUGACUUGUUUGGCAACGAGCAUGAAAAUUUCACUAGAAACCUGGAGCACCUCAUGGCCACAAUGCAGGAGAGCUACUGCUCCAACCCGCAGUGUCCAAUCCGUGUUCAGGAGAGCCACAUGCAAACUAUACUGAUCAACCCCCCUCAUGACAUACCACACGGGGACCUCGUUCAGAUGGCGGUGGAUGAGCUGUUCUGCUCCAGGAUGGAAGUAUGUGAAGAGACCGGGUGUGGCUGCUUGAGAGAAUUUUCUCAGAGAAUUUUCUGUCACGGAGCUCCGCCAUUUGUUAUCUUAAACAUGGAGCAAUGGAAGUCAGAAGACCUGGCUUAUGUACCAUAUAACCUGGACUUAUCCGAUCAUAAGUACCUGCUGGAAGGCGCCACCCUGUUCAACAGAGACGAACACCAUUACUCCGCAGCCUUCCAGAUUGACGGAUACUGGAUGCACUACGACGGCCUGAGGAACGUAAACUUGAUCCUUUUACACAAGCCUCCCGAGUUGCUGCUCCUGUCAUCUUUAGUUUAUGUGCGAGCUGCAGAGAAAUGACCGCCGACAACUGUUCUUGAAAAUCCUUAGUACGGUUAUUUUUUAAGGGGGGAAAAAAUGGCGCUAGUCUUAAUGACGUUUGCACCCCCUAUAAAGCAGACUAAGGUCUGUUACAGGGUACCUGUAAUUUACUGUGGACGGAGUCGGCGCGUAGGCUGAUCCAGCGGUCAGUGUUUCGGUCCUCUAGGAACUAGCAACGUCUUGCCUCACAGCUGUCCUCCCAAUGCGAGGACUCUCUCUGAUGGUGUGACGGGUAUUUAAUUCCCCCAUGGUCCCCAUAGCAGAGUAGCAUUGAAUAGGUGCGGCACUCACUGCUGCUGGAGGGCAUGGCAAUAAAUGGGUGUUUCGGGGCUGGGAGGUGGCUGACAGGCAUGCACCAUCACCGAAUAGAGGCGCGUCAUACUUCAGUGAUGUCGUUAGUUACUGGCGAAUGGACAGGCCAGAUUCUUCUCCGUGUUGGUUCAGCCAUAAGCUGGCAGCCUGCACUAUGUGUAGGGGUCAGGGACCCGUCAGAGAAGUGGAUGUGGAUUUGAUGUCCUACGAUUAGAGGAUUGGGACUUUCUGCUCAAAGCUCCACACGAAUGGCUGCCUGCGUCUUCCCUGAUCCUGUAUAUGUUCUGUACACCCGCAUUAGUCAGUAAGAUAAAUGACUAAUUCAUCGAGCACUAAGACAGUGAUAGCAUCUGUCUAUAUCUCUGCAGUUAUGAUGGGGUAUAUAAACCAGAGUGACGAUGACUGGCUUGCAGCACGUGUAAGGGGGGGGGGGGCUUUGUGUGACAUGGUCACAGAAGCUGCGCGGCCACAGUGUCUUUACAGGUUAGGUAUGGGUGAUCAGCGCUUAGGAUCCAGCCGUUCACCAUACCGACGGCAGGAUCCCGGGGAUUAGCAUGUUGGUGGGGGCAACGAAGCCCCUUGCGGGCUCACUGCACUCGCCAUACUGCGGGCUCGGUGGCUCGUCACAGGUUCUAUUCCCACACUCUAUGGGUGUUGUGGACACCCACGAGUGUGCUUAGUCCCUGUUAGUUGGCACGCCGACUGUCGGCAUUUUGAGGUGGCGGGAUGUAGGGGGAGGUACUGUGACCGGCAGUCUCCUGACUACAUCCCGUCUCUCUCAUACUUGUUCUGUUCCUUUAUCUAUUCCCAACAGGUUCUCUUUUCUUAUGUGAGUUCUAUUAGAAUCUAUGUGGAUGAUGGAUUAAAUGCAGCAUUAAUUGUUACUGUAGAUACAGUAUAUCUUCUUAAAAUAAUGUUUAGGUAAAGAAGGCUUUAGAAAGUUCUAGUUGCAGUCUGUGUCGGCUCUAUCCGGCAGCUUUGAAGCUGUUUCCAGUGCGGCUACAUUGGUCCUGGCCAAGCAACACACUGCAGGCUGAAUUCCGGAGCACCCUUCACGCACGAGCGUCCUGUCCAGCGUACAUGCAGACUGUUACUGUGUGGGAUUUGGGCUCUGCGGUUAAACACAGUGUGUUGUGGACUCCUACCCCUUUCACAUCGAGAACUGGGUUAUUGCCGGGUCACGGCGUUGUGUGAAAAUAACCCAGGUGACGUGACCUGGCAAUACCACCCAGGUUACAGGGCAGUGUGAGCGGUACUCUGGGUCAUCCGAUACGUGUCCCGUUCACACGGUAUGGAGAGCCAGCUCACCGGCCACGAGGUGACGUCAUCUCGAAGCCCCAUCAAUAUCCCGGCUCCAGCCUGCAAUGUGAACAGGCUUGACACCCGUAUUCAGUGACUCCGUUUUGGUGUGAAAGGGGCAUCAGUCUGUCAGGAUGCCAUGAACGCUCCUCCCUGACACCUGCUUGCCAGGACCAGAGGAGCAUCAGACCCUACAGCUGAAAACCUCGUUAGGAGGACAGCCGCAUAAGGUCUGUUGUUUAUAUGUUUGCAAAGAAGUGUUGAAUUUUACAAAUGACGUUAAAUUAGUUUUUUUUUUUAUUCCUUUGUCUUCACUUUUCACUGUGCAGCAAACCAGCAGUAUCUCUGUAUGCCAGUCUAGUCACACUGCAGUGCCAGGGUAGAGCAAACCAGCAGUAUCUCUGUAUGCCAGUCUAGUCACACUGCAGUGCCAGGGUAGAGCAAACCAGCAGUAUCUCUGUAUGCCAGUCUAGUCACACUGCAGUGCCAGGAUAGAGCAAACCAGCAGUAUCUCUGUAUGCCAGUCUAGUCACACUGCAGUGCCAGGGUAGAGCAAACCAGCAGUAUCUCUGUAUGCCAGUCUAGUCACACUGCAGUGCCAUGGUAGAGCAAACCAGCAGUAUCUCUGUAUGCCAGUCUAGUCACACUGCAGUGCCAGGGUAGAGCAAACCAGCAGUAUCUCUGUAUGCCAGUCUAGUCACACUGCAGUGCCAGGGUAGAGUGGCAAUGUGUCGCAUCUUCCUCACUUCAGGAGACAAUGUAUCAUUAGUAUUGCUCCAUCUGUAGCUGUAUUAUAAUUUAUUCACCAGCUCAAUAUAGAUACAUUGUAACAAAGCACCAGGUGACUGAUGUGCAGGGUUCUUGCAGUAACACAAUGGAUCUGUACAAACGGUGAUUCCAAAUCAGUGAUUAGAGAAAAUAUUUUACUGUUAGUUUUUAUUUUGUACCUUGAUGGGAGGAAACCAGUUAUCUAAAGGAAUAUAGCAUCUCUUACUGAUAGUAUCUUCCUAACAAAUGGCUGACCUGAGGGUUCCUGGAAGACAGAUGUUGUGGACAGUUUUUCCCCCUAAAACUUCCAGUGUUUAUCUUGAAUAGUAAAGUGAAAAUAGGUCCCUAAUGAAGUUAUGUUAAAUUGUGUAAUAAAAACCCAAAUACUUUGGCUGUCCCUGGUAUAUUAAGGGCUCACGGCUUCUUCACACUUGGCAUCCAAGGCAAAGUUUGGACUAUGAUAGUUCUGCAAUGUGUAAUAUAUAUCUAUAUAUCUUGUCUGAAAUGAUUGGGGAAGGAGGGGUGCAGCAAAGCAGAGAUAAAGUAUCAACCAAUCGGCAUCUGUCAUUUUACAGGCUGUGUUUGACAAAUGGCAAGCUUUGCUAAAUCUCCCCCUAGAUGAGAGAAUAAUCUAUGCAAUGCUUUGUAAUUCUUUUUACACUUUUAUUGUUUAAUGA